CCUGCUUAAGGACCCUAAUUUAGAGGGACGCCAGCAGCGAGCACUUAGCUAUCUUACAACUCAGCCAUGUCUGCACCUGUCUUGGGGAGCACCAGAAAACCCUUUAAUGAUGGGGACCAUCACAACCACAAGAAGAAGGGAGCUGGCGCACUGGCCACCGCCUACCUGGUCAUCUACAACGUGAUCAUGACCGCUGGGUGGUUGGUCAUUGCUGUGGGUCUUGUCCGGGCCUAUCUUACUAGAGGCAGCUACCAUGGUCUGUACUACUCGAUAGAGAAGCCACUGAAAUUCUUCCAGACUGGAGCUCUCCUUGAGAUCUUGCAUUGUGCUGUUGGCAUUGUACCUUCCUCUGUGGUCUUGACUGGGUUUCAGGUCAUGUCUCGUGUGUUCCUCACAUGGGCUGUUACACACAGUGUUAGAGAAGUCCAGAGUGAAGACAGCGUGCUUCUCUUCGUGGUAGCGUGGACCAUUACGGAGAUCAUCCGCUAUUCAUUCUACACUUUCAGCCUACUCAACCACCUGCCUUAUCUCAUUAAAUGGGCAAGAUACACAUUUUUUAUUGUACUCUACCCCAUGGGAGUGUCUGGAGAACUUCUGACCAUCUAUGCUGCUCUGCCUUAUAUUCAGAAGACGGGCCUCUAUUCUAUCACUUUGCCCAACAAGUAUAACUUCUCCUUCGAUUAUUAUACCUUCCUCAUUCUCACCAUGGUCUCCUACAUCCCCUUGUUCCCGCAGCUCUACUUCCACAUGUUGCGGCAGAGAAAGAAGGUUCUGGCUCACGUGGAAGAGUACAGCAAAGUGGAAUAAACAUGAUGCCAGGGCUCCACACAACGUGGACUGAGCAUAUGGAGGAAAGGGGAGAGGGAGGGGAAAAAAAAAAAAAAAAGACGACCUUUUCCAAUCCAAACUUGGCUGAUUUUAAAAUGAGAAAAAGUUGCUUGUCAAUAUACCGAGCCUAGCUUUUUUUUUUUUUUCUUUUCUUGUCCAAGAUAAUGAAAUGACGUAGAGAUAAUUUCUAACAAAGCUAGUUAGGGAAUGAGAUUUUGCAGUAUGUGAUUUUACGGAUAUUGAUAUGACAUUAAUGGUUUAAUAGAAGGCAGCCAUUUCUGCUAAUACACACAGCUUUUUGUGUGUUUUUAAUAAGUUCUAAUACAGUUACCCUGACCCCAGUGAGGGAGAAAUGGAAUAGAUCGUUUUGGCUUUCACCUUUUUGAAGUAAUGGCAAAAUUUGGGAACAUUUAAGUAAUCAAUAUUGUUCAAAAAGAGAUACCUCUAGCCUGUACUGUGCCCUGUGUACUUGGAAGUAUUGGUAGCAGUUUUGUUUAUGCAGAGUCAGGAGCCUGAACCGGUGACUAAAUUCUGGAUGUCUUCACGUGCUGUUUACGUGUUUUUGUCCAUAGUGUCGCAUUCCGUUGCUGGUGUUCUGUGAUGACUAAUUUAAUUGUUGCUGUUUUUCACAGAUUUGCUCAGGAGUUAUACACAAUUCUGACUCAUUUUCAAUAAGUUUUCUCAUUUCCUUUCAGUGUUAGUUGUUUUAUAAGGGUCAUGUCAAUGACUUGAACAAUGAUUUGUGUUGUUUUGCUUAAUAUUGUUCUGUGGGUAAUGUAUAGCUGAAGUGAUUGUACAGGGUUGUGUGCUAUGUGAUCUGUGUAUAUCCUUUUUCAUAACUUCUAAAAAGGUGACCUCAAGUAAGCAGUUAUAUGGCGUUCGGGUUUUGCCAGUGGGUGACUUUCUAAAGCGUUCAAUUCGAAGAAGGCAGGGUUGAUGCUGGACGAGCACGUGGCAUUGGGAAACUAGCACAAUUGGAUUAGUCUGCGUCUAGUCAUGCAUUUACAAUGAGUAAAAUCAAAUGAAGCGCGGAGCAGGCCAGGAGUCCAGAGUUGCUAAGCACUUUGUUGUCUGUCUGCUCUCAUUACCAACAGCAGUGAAGUGCAAGCUCAAGCCUCGAAGAAGGGCUUGCUCAUUAGUCUUAAUGAACAACUAAUGAGCAGACUGGCCUUUCCCCAUCAUUUGGGUCUGAACUUUACUUUCAAAGGUUAUAGCCUAGAAGUGCCAUCUCUGGUAGCCAGGGGAACACGCUUGGUUUUUAUUUUCUGUUAAAAGAGGACAGUCAUACCAACUUGUCAUUGGGUAGAUAACAAACUCAUGGUCAUUUAUCAAUUUGACGCUAGCCAGUUCCCUUGACUAGUGUCAUUAAUCACCUAACUGAACAUUAAUCAGUUUGAAUUGGUCUGAUCCAGGACACGUUAUGGUGAUGUGGCAUUCUCUUGCUUGCUGAUAUGAAAUAUUAUCUGUGAAGCUCCUGGACCAAAUGACGUUUAACACCUCAGCCCCCAGACGUUUCGGCAUGAGAAUCUAGAAUGCGACUUUACUUAAACUGCAUGAAAGAUGAAAUUGCUCCAUCUCUUUAAGUGGUGCGGCGUUGUCAUACUCCACCACUCGAGGUUAAUUCGUUGGACGCAUGACCUUUACAACUGUCAGGAAACGUUGGGCUUUUGAUACAAAGGAUUGCAUGGGAUAGCAGACUUUGCAGACUUUGUAUGAUUAGUAAAAGUUAUAUAUUUACAAUAAACUUAUAAUCUGGGAAAUUAAA